CACUUUUUAUUAAGCAUUUAACAAUAUGUAUUAUAUAUCCAGAAACAAGACGUUCUUGAGUUGAAAGAAAGUUUAUUUUCUAUUCACAAAACAACUUAACGACUAGUUUCGAGUGAUUCAGCUAAUUUAUAAUGAUGACACCGCAGUGUAAUUAUUUUAAAAGUUGGUAUUUUGUUUAUAAAGCAGUUAAAGAUACUUGUUAUUUUAAGUAUAGCUUUGAUGCACUGUUAAGCUUUUUCUUUGUGUGUUUGUUUGUGUGUUUGUUUGUUUGUUUGUUUGUGUGUUUGUUUGUUUGUUUGUUUGCUUAUUAACUGUUUAAUUGUAACAAGUUUUUUGUAAUGAAAUUUCUCCCCAGAGCUCUUUGAGAUUAAGUUUACGUCAAAGAGCUCUAGGGACGAGAAUGAGUUGUCUUACCAUUUUAUAUUUAUGUUUGUGCUAUGUCUUCUCAGAGGUAUGAUACCCCUAACGGAGACUUGACAAUGUCGUGUUCAGUCAAUGAAAUAAAAAUUACGAUUACAAUCUCUGUUCCAAUCUAUAGCUACUUAUUCGAUGUUUUUUAUGUUGUUGAAAAGUCGACAUAACAAAACUUAUUUUUAGCCUUAAUUAUGAGUUGGGAUGGGUACAUCGAAAAUAUUAUCGGUCGUAUGAAAAACCACUGCGAUAGGGUGUGUAUAAUUGGACUAAAAGAUGGUGGUCAUUGGACAUCAAUUAAUCAUCCGAAUGCGAUGCAUCUCACUUCAUCGGAGAGCCAACAUAUCGCUACAGCAAUGAGAAAAGCUGAUUUUACUACUUUCCAUACCGGUAUGGGCUACGUAGAAGGGAAAUCUUACACAUUUCUUCGUUCUAUUGACGAUAAAAUCGUGCUUGCGAGAAAGAAAGAUAGCGGCGCCAUAACUAUACAAAAGACGAAAACAGCUGUUAUUAUAGCACACACGAAGGAGGGUGGUCAACAAGGUUUGGUUAACGUUGGCGUUGGUGAGAUUGCUGAUUAUUUAGAGUCAACUGGAAUGUGAAUAAAAAUGGUACCACGAAUUGCGAAAAAAUGGUAGCACUAGUUGUGACUUUAUCUCAAACUUAUGACUGUUUGAAGGUCGAAGCAGCUACUAUUCUAUUUUUUAUUUCUUUCGUUCCGUAAAGUUACUUUGCUAUAAUCUGACAAAUAUCCAAAUCAAAGAAAGACAUUUUUUAUGCUGCAAGAGAAUCGGUUGAAGCCGUAUGCUAAAAUUUCUUAUAUAAAUUUAUUUUUACGCCUAUAUAACAAACAAAAAUGUUUAUCUACCGUAAGGGAAGAAACGUUUGCGGAACUUAUUUUUGCGAUUAAAAGAUUUUUUAUGCACACGGCGGAACUUAUUUUGGCGACUGGGAGGUCUCGUGAAGAAAAUGCGGAACAAAUUUUUCAUGGAAAAACAAGAAAGUGUAGAUUAAAAAACAUGACAAUGUAAACAAAUUUAAAUAUUUUUAUAGAUUCGAUGGC